GGAAAAGUUUGGAAAAUUCUAAAUCAGUUCGUUUUUCGAUAGCUGGCUUAUUUCUUGUUUUUUAUAUUAAUUUCCAUUUCCCUAGUUAGUUUUUCACAAUGCCAGUUUAGUGAAGAGAUUCCUGAUCCCUAGAUACUACGGUUGAGUGGUUACAUUUUGAAAACAUACAAAAUGACUAGUUAAACAUUCGCAGUAUACAGAUUGUGGAUUGCAGGCUCAGAGGUUUCACGCUGACAAUGUAUCGGACGUGCUCUGGCUGUUUGUUCCACGGUUGUGGUGCUCUGUAGUGACAGUCUGAUUGAUUCGCUUGUUAUUACAGAAAUAGGGAUUUACACUAUAAACAAGAGAGGGCAGUUAACACAUUGUCUAUUGUCGUGGCACAAAUUCCAACACACGCUUUACAGGAGUGACAUUGAGAUGACCAUAAACAGUGUGGAAUAAUAGACACUAACCAGGGCUCAAAGUUGCCAUUGACGAGUGAAAAAUCCACCCUCGAUGAGUGUACCAUGGCGUAACUCUUUGGCCUCUCUGUAGGACAUGACAUUUUGCACCUUCGGUCAUUUAAAGGAUAAUUCUUUGUAGACACUAUUCCCUUUUUCAGCUAGUGUUUGCUGAAUAUUUUAUUGUCCAGUCAGUGUAGCUGUUGUUUUGGCCAACCGGGUAUUUUGUUUGGUGCCUGGCUAAAAGUCAGGCCGGCUCUUCCAGUGUUGGAGGACUAUAGGGCAGGUUAUAUUUGGGUGCUGGUGUAGCUAUAAAUAAGAUGAUCUGGCUUUGAAGGAAGCAGGUCGUUUAUUUAGCUGUAGCGUUGCGGGGAGAUUAGCUGGUAUGUUCUUACAAGAUGACGGUUAGAUCAUUGUAGUUAAAAGACUAGAACUUUGUUACAGAAUGAGUGUAGAUCCAUUGGGGUCUUGCUCCUUAAUCUGUAGAUGUCAUGACGCGCUGUAUAUUCUCGUGGGUGAUUAAGUUGGUAAUCCGUCUGGCUAUUUUCGUGUCUAAUAAUAAACAUCACACAUUUGCAGCAAACUGAAUUCUGGGAACAACAUUUAUUUAAAAUGUAUGAAUUGGACACAAAAAUAUAGCAGCUUCAGGUCGAUUCGCCUGCCAUGCGUCACCGAUCUUGCAUUUACAGUUUGUGAGAAUAUCUGAUUGUGCUUUGUGGUAUAUGCUGCACGUGUGACGUUUUAAAUGAUCAUGUACAGUAUGUAGGCAGCUCGUCACUAUAGCAAAUGCUAAUAGCAGGGCUCAUUAGCUGAUAUACUGGUUCAGCCAGCUGAACGUAAAGCUGUUUGUUUCAAACAGAGAAUAAAGUCCUGACCGGUUCAAUUUGUGGUUAAUUAGUCCUUCUCCACAAAUAAUGUAUAAUUUAUUGUAAAUAUAACUGACACAUUGAAAUAUUAGUUAUUAGAUCAAUUCUUCAGUCCUCUCAGGCUCUAUCAGGGCUGUUAUUCCCCACUUUAGUGGAUGGUCUAACAGUAGUAACGCCUACCUACUGCCCACCUCUUAUCUGGUUAUCCUGUCUGGUAAGCACAUACGCAUUUCUCAUAGGUGAUGCCGUCAGACUGGCUUCAUUAUCAGAGUAUUGGCAUGUGAGUGGAGUGAGGGCUGGCACUCCGCCCCUGUGUUUCACUUGUGUAGUAUGAUGUGUGAUAAGAACUUUUCUAGAAUUACAGAGCAAAUCUGCUGUCAGUCAGAGGGGAGGAAUUACAUGGAGGAGGGUUCCUCUGCUCUUCAACCGCCAGUCACCUUACAGGAUAGUUAUGAAUGCAGAACAUUGAAUGGCAUGUGAGGGGACUUUAUUGUAAUCCUCCUUUUCUUCAAAUCUGAAUAAAAAGAUAUUAGGAAGUGCAGGGGAAGUGCCUAACUGAUAACAUUAAUCAGCACUGCAGAGGAAGUGCCUAACUGAUAACAUUAAUCAGCACUGCAGAGGAAGUGCCUAACUGAUAACAUUAAUCAGCACUGCAAGGGAAGUGCCUAACUGAUAACAUUAAUCAGCACUGCAAGGGAAGUGCCUAACUGAAAAGAUCAAUCAGCACUGCAAGGGAAGUGCCUAACUGAUAACAUUAAUCAGCACUGCAGGGGAAGUGCCUAACUGAUAACAUUAAUCAGCACUGCAAGGGAAGUUCCUAACUGAUAACAUUAAUCAGCACUGCAGGGGAAGUGCCUAACUGAUAACAUCAGCACUGCAAGGGAAGUGCCUAACUGAUAACAUUAAUCAGCACUGCAAGGGAAGUGCCUAACUGAAAAGAUCAAUCAGCACUGCAGAGGAAGUGCCUAACUGAUAACAUUAAUCAGCACUGCAGGGGAAGUGCCUAACUGAUAACAUUAAUCAGCACUGCAAGGGAAGUGCCUAACUGAUAACAUUAAUCAGCACUGCAAGGGAAGUGCCUAACUGAUAACAUUAAUCAGCACUGCAAGGGAAGUGCCUAACUGAUAACAUUAAUCAGCACUGCAAGGGAAGUGCCUAACUGAUAACAUUAAUCAGCACUGCAGAGGAAGUGCCUAACUGAUAACAUUAAUCAGCACUGCAGGGGAAGUGCCUAACUGAUAACAUUAAUCAGCACUGCAGGGGAAGUGCCUAACUGAUAACAUUAAUCAGCACUGCAGGGGAAGUGCCUAACUGAUAACAUUAAUCAGCACUGCAGGGGAAGUGCCUAACUGAUAACAUUAAUCAGCACUGCAAGGGAAGUGCCUAACUGAUAACAUUAAUCAGCACUGCAGGGGAAGUGCCUAACUGAUAACAUCAAUCAGCACUGCAAGGGAAGUGCCUAACUCAUAAAUGCUAUCAGUUAGGUACUUCCCUUGCAGUGCUGAUUAAUGCUAUUCCUGGGUCAUGGCUGCCUAAAAUGCAUCCAAACAUUCAGUGUCUCCUCCCUCUGCAUGCAGACACUGAACUUUCCUCAUAGAGAUUCAUUGAUUCAAUUCACCUCUAUAAGGAGAUGCUGAUUGGCCAGGGCUGAAUCAUGCUGGCUCUGCCCCUGAUCUGCAUCUUUGUCAGUCUCAGCCAAUCCUAUGGGGAAGCAUUGUGAUUGGAUCAGGCUACCACUUUUGAUGAUGUCAGCAGACUGCUUGUUUUUUUCUGAGGCAAACAGCAUGCAGAGUUACAGGUCAGGCUUGAAUACAGUAAGAGUUCUAUAUUUAGGUAAGCAUGAGGGGCCCAGGGGGCUAGAUGGUGGUUUUAACACUAUAGGGUCAGGAAUACACGUUUGUGUUCCUGACCCUAUAGUGAUCCUUUGAUCAGUACUGCAGGGGAAGUACCUGACUAGGAGUAUAAAGCAGCUCCACAUUUAAGAGCACAACUCAAUUUUGAUUACUUUUUGGAGUUUUUAAUUAUACAGAAUUGUGUGCAGUUUGUAAUUUGAAGUUCUUUGAUAACACAAUUUGCCGUCUAAUUUUUGUUUAUUUUACUGCAGGGGAGUAACCCAACCAAUAGUAAAUACCAGCACAGCAGGGGAGAUGCCUAACUAGAAGGACAUACCAGCACCACUGGGGUGAAGCCUUACUAAUUGAACAGCAGGGGAGGGGCCUCGCUAGUAGCACAGCAGGGGAGGGGCCUCGCUAGUAGCACAGCAGGGGAGGGGCCUCGCUAGUAGCACAGCAGGGGAGGGGCCUCACUAGUAGCACAGCAGGGAAGAGGCCUAACUAGAAGGACAUGCAAGCACCACUAGGGAGGAGCCGAACUAAAAGGACAUGCCUACAUUUUAAAUCAUUUGUCUGUUUUGGAGCCAGUUAUUUUACAUUUUUCAAGGGUUAUCAAGUUACAUGUGUGUCUGUUCUGUUCCCAGAAUGGGAGCCACGGUCUUCGUUCAGCCCCUUGAUUUGGUGAAGAAUCGAAUGCAACUCAGUGGAGAAGGAGCGAAGACUAAGGAAUAUAAAACCAGUUUCCAUGCUGUUGGCAGCAUUCUGAGAAAUGAGGGUCUGCGCGGCAUCUACACAGGGUGAGAAAAUGCAUCCUAUAUGUAUAAGUAACCUGUUACCCCAUACACUCAUUCUGCGACCCUGUGUCACACUCAUAGUUCCUUCUGUCUGUGUUACUGUGUCACCCUGCAGGGGGAGGGACAGACUCAUAGCUCAUUCUGUCUGUCACUGUCACCCUGCAGGGGGAGGGACAGACUCAUAGCUCCUUCUGUCUGUGUCACCGUGUCACCCUGCAGGGGGAGGGACGGACUCAUAGCUCCUUCUGUCUGCAUCACUGUGUCACCCUGCACGGGGAGGGACAGACUCAUAGCUCCUUCUGUCUGUGUCACUGUGUCACCCUGCAGGGGGAGGGACAGACUCAUAGCUCCUUCUGUCUGUGUUACUGUGUCACCCUGCAGGGGGAGGGACAGACUCAUAGCUCCUUCUGUCUGUGUCACUGUGUCACCCUGCAGGGGGAGGGACGGACUCAUAGCUCCUUCUGUCUGUGUUACUGUGUCACCCUGUAGGGGGAGGGACAGACUCAUAGCUCCUUCUGUCUGUGUCACAGUGUCACCCUGCAGGGGGAGGGACAGACUCAUAGCUCCUUCUGUCUGUCAAUGUAUCACCCUGCAGGGGGAGGGACAGACUCAUAGCUCCUUCUGUCUGUGUUACUGUGUCACCCUGUAGGGGGAGGGACAGACUCAUAGCUCCUUCUGUCUGUGUCACCGUGUCACCCUGCAGGGGGAGGGACAGACUCAUAGCUCCUUCUGUCUGCAUCACUGUGUCACCCUGCACGGGGAGGGACAGACUCAUAGCUCCUUCUGUCUGUGUCACUGUGUCACCCUGCAGGGGGAGGGACAGACUCAUAGCUCCUUCUGUCUGUGUCACCGUGUCACCCUGCAGGGGGAGGGACAGACUCAUAGCUCCUUCUGUCUGUGUCACCCUGCAGGGGGAGGGACAGACUCUAGCUCCUUCUGUCUGUGUCACCCUGCAGGGGAGGGACAGACCAUAGCUCCUUCUGUCUCAUAGCUCCUUCUGUCUGUGUCACUGUGUCACCCUGCAGGGGAGGGACAGACUCAUAGCCCCUUCUGUCUGUCUCACUGUGUCACCCUGCAGGAAGGGACAGACUCUUAGCUCCUUCUGUCUGUCUCACUGUGUCACCCUGCAGGGGAGGGACAGACUCAUAGCUCCUUCUGUCUGUGUCACUGUGUCACCCUGCAGGGGGAGGGACAGACUCAUAGCUCCUUCUGUCUGUGUCACCGUGUCACCCUGCAGGGGAGGGACAGACUCAUAGCUCCUUCUGUCUGUGUCACUGUGUCACCCUGCAGGGGGAGGGACAGACUCAUAGCUCCUUCUGUCUGUGUCACUGUGUCACCCUGCAGGGGGAGGGACAGACUCAUAGCUCCUUCUGUCUGUGUCACUGUGUCACCCUGCAGGGGGAGGGACAGACUCAUAGUUCCUUCUGUCUGUGUCACCGUGUCACCCUGCAGGGGGAGGGACAGACUCAUAGCUCCUUCUGUCUGUGUCACCGUGUCACCCUGCAGGGGGAGGGACAGACUCAUAGUUCCUUCUGUCUGUGUCACUGUGUCACCCUGCAGGGGGAGGGACAGACUCAUAGCUCCUUCUGUCUGUCACUGUGUCACCCUGCAGGGGGAGGGACAGACUCAUAGCUCCUUCUGUCUGUCACUGGGUCACCCUGCUGGGGUUGAGAGACCCCUUUAACCACAGAUGGGAAGGUAUAUAUAUGCUCAAGCUAAACUCCUAUCCUCCUUUGACUGGUUUUAUAGGUUAUCUGCAGGGCUGCUUCGCCAGGCUACAUACACCACCACGCGUCUGGGUAUUUACACAAUAUUAUUUGAGAAGCUGACAAAGGCAGAUGGAACACCCCCCAAUUUCCUAAUGAAGGCAGCUAUUGGAAUGACAGCCGGUGCCACUGGAGCGUUUGUAGGGACGCCAGCUGAAGUUGCUCUCAUCCGAAUGACGGCUGAUGGAAGGUAAAUUGUGGCGCGAUGUGGUAACUGUGAUCUUUUAGCUGGAGCAAGAUAGCACUCUUUAUGGCUUAUUCACUAAAGAAUGAAUUGUAGUGAAUGAAAACCAUAUUGCAAUGUUUAGGCUAAUAUAGAUACAAUACAAAUCUCCAUCUGAGCUGUAGUAAGAGCUUCACUAUUUUAGCCUGAAUUGUGCAGUUUGGUUUUUAUUCCCCAAAGUUUACUGUUAUUGAAUCCACCUAUAAUGUUUUCUUUAUACAUUCCACACACCUAAAGUACUUUACCUUGCUGAAAAUCUCUGUUGCUUCCUGGUUGUUUAGCUCAGAUGAGCUGCACUCAAGGGGCAGCAGUUGUGCAGAGAAUCUGAUUUGUAAAGACUUCUCAUUGAGCUGCUUUGUGAAGUCUGUGAUUGGACAGACACAGAAAGUCUGGGUGGGGCUAGAAGGGGAGGGCUUGUAAAGGUUGGAGACGAGGGAUCUCCAGCUUUUAGAAGCUUUUUUAUUUUUUAUUUUUAUUUUUUUUUAUUUAUAGAUAUAACCCCAAAUAAAAUGCACAUGUAAACAGAGACAUGUUUUAAUUGGGGGUAUAUCUACUAAACAGUGUCUUUAAACGUAUUUAUUUUAUUUGGACAGUGGGGUGUCUUUUUAUAUAUGUUUUACAUAAAAUGCACACAAACCUCCACCAAUAAAAGCAGAGCACUCACUCUAUAUGUUUUUCAUACUCACUGUUUUUUUUUUUUCUCCACCAGGUUACCUGUUGAUCAGAGGCGAGGGUACAGCAAUGUGUUCAAUGCCCUACUUAGAAUUUUCAGAGAAGAAGGAGUAACCACGUUAUGGAGGGUGCGUGAGGCAGGCUAGCACUGCCGUUGUUUGAGCUCUACCAGUUUGUGUAUACGCGGCUGGCAUUGCUGCUUCUCUGCUUUAUACCUGUGCUGUGAGGGGGAGACUGUCCCUGUCUGUGCUGUACAUACAUGUCAUGGUUUAUAAGAGUGAGUGAGGGGGAGACUGUCCCUGUCUGUGCUGUACAUACAUGUCAUAGCGUGCGUGUGUGUGUGUGUAGCUGACUCUGCUGCUGUCUCCACUGUAUACUUAUGUCAUGGUGUAGUAAUGUGUGUUAGAUGUGUGCUGUAACAGACAAUACUACAGAAAGAUGUGUUGGCAGAUGAAGCUGAAUAUUUUCCUUGUUUUCUCUUCUUAGGGCUGUGUCCCUACGAUGGCCCGUGCAGUGGUUGUUAAUGCAGCUCAGCUGGCAUCCUACUCCCAAUCAAAACAGUUCCUGUUGGACUCAGGUUAGUUACCUUUUAGAAAACCUAGUAUAUGAAGUCCUUUAGAACCGUGUGUGCACAGUUUUACAUUCCCGUAUCAUACAUGGUGAUUCAUUUAUGUAUACAUGUACUGAUCAGCCAUAAAAUUAAAACUACCUGCCUAAUAUUGUGCAUAUCACUGCCUUCUUAUUACAGUACACCCUACUGUCAUCUCUUCUCCAGGUAAAUAACGUGCACCCGGGCAUACGUUAUUUAUUUGGAGAAGAGAUGGCAGCAGGACACACACCUGCCCAUCCACCCGAUCUAAAACGUGAUGCAUCAGACUAGGCAACCUUCUAUUGCCCCAUGGUCCAGUUCUGAUGCGCACGUCCCCAUUGAACAUUCUUUUGGCGGUGGACAGGGAUCAUCACGAGUACUCUGGUUUGCAGCUGCGCAGGCCCAUAUGGAACAAACUGCAGUGCACUGUGUGUUUUGACGCUUCCUAUAAUGGCCAGCAUUAAGGUUUUCACCAAUUUGAGUAGCUUUUCCAUGUGAUCUGACCAGAUGGGCUAAACUUCACUCCAUACCUGCAUCACUGAGCCUUAAGCGCCUAUGACCCUGAACCUGUUCACCGGUUGUCCUUCCUUGAACCUCUUUUGGUAGAUACCAAUCAGUGCAUACCGGGAACACAACACAAGACUUGCUGUUUCGGAGAUGCUUUGAUUUAGUUGUCUAAUUACCACUAUUUGCCCCCUUGUCAAAGUCUCUCAGACCUUUGUUGCUUGUCCAUUUUUCUUGUUCCAACAAAUAAAAUUCAAAAACUGACUGUUCACUUGCUGCUAAUAUAUCUCACCCCUUGACAUGUGCCAUUGUAGCGAUACAAUCCAUUUUAUUCACCUUAUCGGUCAGUGGUUUUAACAGUCAGUUAAAAUGUAUGUAUGUAUAAACAUGUACUCUCUUUUUUUUGUUGUUGCUGCAAAUGCAUUUUCUGCAGAGAUGGGGAAGUAGCUGGAAAUAGAAACUUCCUCUAUUAUAUCGCAAUGAGGUUUUUAAUUAAUCGGGGGCAGAUAGCAUCAAAUAUCUUAGACUGGGAGCAUCAAUGAUUAUGGUGCUCGCAUUGCCCCUGUAUAGUGAUGUCCCGAAUGGUUCGCCACGGACUCAUCAUUGAGUAAACUUUGACCCUGUACCUCACAGUCAGCAGACACAUUCCAGCCAAUCAGCAGCAGACCCUCCCUCCCAGACCCUCCCACCUCCUGGACAGCAUCCAUUUUACAUCCAUUGUGAAGCUGCAUUCUUAGUGAGCUGUCCAGGAGGUGGGAGGGUCUGGGAGGGAGGGUCUGCUGCUGAUUGGCUGGAAUGUGUCUGCUGACUGUGAGGUACAGGGUCAAAGUUUACUCAAUGAUGAGUCCGCGGCGAAACGUUCACGAACCGUUCGGGACAUCACUACCCCUGUAAUGUUUGGAUAUCCGCCGAGAUUCAUUUAGAUGUUGUACCCACAGUAUUGCUGCAUUGUGAAGAAGGUGAAUACAGAACCACCCAGUGUGAUCACAGUAUGAUCUGUCUACGUGGAUUUUCAAUGCUGGAAAUCUGGGGAUGCCAACAGCCUCCAUAAUGCUAUUUCCAGAUGCAAUCAUGGAAUUUCUGUUACAUGAAACCUUGCGGAGUAGUUACUCUUGUCUUCCUGUUAAGCCAGGUUAUGAUUCCAUUUCUGCUUCAUCUUUGACUUGCUUUGUUUACUGUCCAUAGGAUACUUUAGGGAUGACAUCUUGUGCCAUUUCUGUGCCAGUAUGAUCAGCGGACUGGUCACCACUGCAGCCUCCAUGCCGGUCGACAUCGCAAAGACUAGGUGAGUGGUUUUCUUCUCUACUCCCAAAGCCAUCUUCCACAUCCACCUUUCGUCGGUUAAGAUUCCUUGUGUGCGGUAUUGGUUCAAACUACCUUCUUCAAUGGAGUUUCUUGCUGAUAGCUGCGGUAACCAUUCAUUUCCCAGCAAUGCUGCUAUUAUUCUUUCCCCAAAAAAUAGAAAUUUAUAACCAACAUCUCUCCAGGCUAUGUCACACAAAUGUACUGCAAUGUACCUCCACUUCCCUAAAUCAUAGCACAACAGCUGUUAUUCCUUCAAUAUGUCUCUCACUUUGUUCCCCAAAAUAAGGAUGUACAGCCAGAAUAGUCCAUGCUACUUUCCAAAAACAUGUCUCUUCAACCAUAAGUUCUGGUCUCCUCUUUCCCUCCUUAAUAUGCGAUUCCAUAAUCAUUUUUAUAUGUCCCUAAAACAUGGCUCUGUUAUGGUACUGUUCCCCAUUGGCAUUAUUUUCCUAUCCUUUUCACUAAAACCCAGCUCCACAAACAUAACAUUCCCCGAGAACAUGAUUAUCAUAUCCUCUUCCAGUCAUUAAUUAAUGGCUGUCCCCAGCUCCCUCUGCUGAUAUACAUAUCUCAUCACAUUGUAAUCUCCUAGUAUAAAUGCGUUGUCCUUAGAAUGUUUUUGUGGCCUGAAUUCUAAGCCAGCACAUGCCUGAACAAAUCUCACAUUUCUAUUGGUUGUUUCCAGGAUACAAAAUAUGAGGAUGAUCAACGGGAAACCAGAAUAUAAGAAUGGAUUGGUGAGUGUUUCAAUGUGCUUGCAGACUAGCUUUUAACCCUCUAAAUAAAGUUGGUGACCAACCUUGGCCCGUCAAAUUUCUAACGUUUAUUAAGGAGACUUGGUAUCUGAUAUUGGCUGUAGGGCCAAGCAUGAACAACCCCAGCUUCAUAAAGAGUUAUAUCAGCCAUAUGACUUUAAUGCUUCAUUCAUUCUUCCAUUUGGCUGCCAUGCAAUGAAUUAUAUUGACUGUUGGCUCAACACGUCCUCUUUAACAUUUAUUUUUCAAGAUGUAUUUAAUUAAUUUGCUGAAAGGGGUGUUUCAUCUUAAAGGUCAGUUGUCACUUUUCUGCAAGUUACCCGGCUGAAUUACAGGGACACUGUAGUUACCAAAACCACUUCACGCACUAUAACCUCUACAAGGGGCCUUCCAUGCACUAAUCACUAAACAUGGCACCGUCACGUAUUUUAACUGUCACUGUGGUUAAUGUAGAUUGUGUGUAGUGAUCAUGUCUCCUUGUCCUUUCUGCUUCCCCCACAGGAUGUCCUUUUGAAGGUCGUGCGAUACGAGGGAUUUUUCAGCCUCUGGAAAGGUUUCACUCCGUACUAUGCCCGGCUCGGACCUCACACCGUGCUCACCUUUAUCUUCCUAGAACAAAUGAACAAAUACUACAAGCAGUUUUUCCUGAGCGGGUGAUGGGCUGGACGGAUCAAAAACACUCCUUAGACAAUCCCAGCACCCCUUACCCAGGAGCAGGGCUGGCAACAGUUCCCCAGGCUGCUGCAGUAUGCAAUAUCUCGUAGCGCCUGGUCCCGCUCCCUCUGGUGUUUAACCCUAUGAGUGCUGGCUGGGCAGUGCAACAUAUUGCUUGAAAUUAAAUAGGCUCCUUUAGUGUUUAAUGGAAGCAGGUCAAGGGGCGUCUUAUAUUCCACAUAUAUACUGCUAUAUACAAUAUUUGUGUAUCUGUAUAUGUGGUUAUGUAAACAAAUGAAACGGUUUGAGAUUUUUCUUCCUUCCCCUGUAGGAACGAAUACAUUUUUUUUCCGUAUUAUAGCCCAUAAUCAUACUGACAUGACUUCACAGUGUUUCUACUACAUGUUGUGUUGUUUUAAUGCGUUCCAAAAAUAAGGAAAUCACCGUCUAUAUUAAAUACAUUUAAAUUUGCUGAAACCCUACAUCUCUAUUAUCUCCUUCUAUCCCUAAGCAGUGGUUCCAAUCUUUAACACGGUGCUUUUUGUUAUUUAAUUAUUAUACUAUUAUUGUUCGAGAAUGUGGCAUGGGUUCUUAAUGACUAUUUUAAAGUUGUAACUUUGCAGUUGUGGAGGGAGUAAAAUGUGAAAUGGAGCAUUUCUCAAUUCAAGCCGUCAAGAUGACAUACAAUAUUAUAUGCGUGUCUUUCAUAUUCUCCGCUGGUAUAUGGGAAGGGGUUUAGAAGAACAGGUAAAACCGUAAUGGAAAUUUAUCAUGUAAUCCAUGGGAAAUUAGAGAGUAUUUCAGAUGAAGAUUGAAAUUUGUAGAAUUGUAAAAUGGUCUAGUUAAUAAUUAGAUACCAAAGACCAGCGCCAGUUUUUCACCAUAUUAUGACCAGUGUGUAAAUUGGAGAUCAUUGUAAACGUACGAUUCCCAGAUUGACAACACGCCGGUCAUGCAAGGCUAGUGAAUAAGCAGCUGUUAUUUAAUGAUCACGUUGUGUGGCUCCUAUCACAGAUAUAGAACGAUCAUGUUGUAGUGUACGUUAUAUAAGCAGCAGGUUUGUGUGCUUCAACCAUUUAUGGCUGAUGCAUAAAAUCAAAAGUCUGGCCAUAAAAAUAUCACAGCAAUAAAUGGAUUCUGAUGCCCAUUCUUUUUUAUUAUGUCUUUAUUAUAGCCGUCACAUAGUUAGACUACAAGUGCUUUGACCCAUUUAGGUAUAUCUAAAGCCUAGAUCACAUCACAGCCUCCAGUGUCUGAAACAUCAGUCAAGAUACAUCGAUGAGGCGUAUUCACUAAACACUGGAUUAUCCUGAAUUAAAAACGAACCGGGCUAUUCACUAAAGCAAGAAUUCAAAGUGAUUUUCAAUUUGUCAAAUUUUGGCUACUCUGGCCUUAAAUUUGCAAUUCCCUUUAAAUUCUCGCUUUAGUAACUAGUCCUGUAAACUUUAAAAUUUAUGGCAAAAUUACUGCAUUUUUCCUGCAGCUGUCCCACAUCUAGCGGCAGGACUUUGAGAGAAACAAUGGCCUAUUCAUGCCCUUGGAAUGUGGCGUUCAAGCCAGCAUUGACUUACUGUUAGUCGUGGACUCUAUCUACCCACAAUAAAUGCAUCGAGUUAGCAUAAUGGAGAUUUCUCGUUAGUGAUUGCACCAAUCCAGCCACACAGAGAGGUAAUGAAGACCUGUUCGGUUGGCUCUAUCCCGGUUUCUUCUUUCUCACUUUUACAUGUGGCAUUGACUUGUGAGACCAGUGUGUUCACACUGUGAGCUUGACGGGGCUGAGAUUGGUACCGAGUGCUUGACUUUACCGAUGUCAUCAAUGUAGCUGAGAUCUAGUCAGAAGCUGGAAUUUAAUGAGAUGAGUCAAUAAAUUUCUUUUUAAAAACCGCUUAACAGAUUAACACAACAAAUAGGCAGUAUUUAAAGCGGCUGAGACACCUUCUUGGCUUGGCUUUUUUUAUUUUUGUGUGUGUUUGUAAAAUUUCCAAAUUGUGCAAUACGUAGUUUUCCAUACAUAACUGUGCAAAAAGAAACGUGUAAGUCUUCUCAUUAACAAAGCAGUUUUUCAGGACUCUACCGAUUUCUGGAAUAUCGUAUAUAUUGGCCAAAUGUUCAGUUUGCUUUAAUAUAAGAAAUAAAAAUAACGAAAAUAAUAAUGAGAAAUAUACCAAUGGUUAAACGUGUUAUUCUAAACGUGUUUUAAAGCAAGUUUUAGGAAAAUCAAGAACAAAGAAAACCUUUUCUUUGAAUCACCAUGGUAAUUUAUUCUAUGUGUUUCUUGGAGUAGAAAAUCU